AUGGGCUGGCGGGCGGGCUGGUAGAGGGGCGGCUGGGCUAUAGAGGUAUAGUAAGCCCCGGUCACGAUCCCCAAGAGCUGCAGGUCAGUCCGCGGCUUGACACCAGUGAGGGAGGACGCCUGGCAAUACUGGCUCCUGCACACGCUCCCUCACCGCGCCUCACUCUGCCAGUCAGCCGCUCAACCUUCGCACUCUUGCCUGAAUUUUGAACUUGUUACUCACUCACUCUCUCUCACACACAGUCCAAGUGCUGAUACUGUGACUUGUUCGUAAAUGACAAAGGUGCAUUGUGAAUAAGGUGCGGGAAACUUUACAAGGAAAGGCUGCGAGAUAGAAAGAGAGAGAGAGAAAAAAAGAAACACGAAACAGACAGAUCGUGGGAAAGUCACACUGAGAGAGAACUUAAAGACAUGAAACAAGAAAACUGAAAGAAAUGGAAGAACUGAACUAAACUUUCCAAAUGGCGCAAAUUGGUGGGUGAUGUUUUGGAAUCAACUUUCACGCCCCUAAUUAAAGAAACUCGCGUGGUUUUUUGGUGGCUUAAUUUCACACACUUCUCUCUCCUAUCUCCCAAAAAAAAACCGGACCAACUAAGAACGGAAAGAAGGAAGGAAAGGAGAAGAAAAGGACGGGAAAGAGAAAGAGAGGAAAGAGGACAGUGUGUGUGCGUGUGUGUGAGACGGUGAGAAUUGAGGGGGAAAAAUAAAAGAAGAAAGGAGGACAAGAGGGGACAACCGUGACUGUUAAUACUUGAAGGUGCAUUAGUCUCCCCUUGACUUUUGGUGCCUAUUAAGAGAAAACGAGAAGCAUUGUGAAGAGAAGAGGAAAGACAUGUGCGUUUGAGACCUCCUCCUCCUCCUCCUCCUCCUCCUCCUCCUCCUCCUCCUCCUCCUCUUCAUCUUCUUCCUCUUUUCACCAUCCCCUUCUGUUUUUUUUCCUCUCUCCUUACCUCCAAUCUCUUCUUAUCUUUACCUCCAGCCCUUCCUCCUCCUCCUCCUCCUCCUCCUCCUCCUCCUUCUCCUCCUCCUCUUCAAAAUAUUAUAGUUACUACUUCCAUCUUCUCUCUCUCUCUCUCUCUCUCUCUCUCUCUCUCUCUCUCUCUCUCUCUCUCUCUCUCUCUGUAACCCCUGUCGCGUUUUCUGUUGCGAAGAAAAUGGGAAAGCGUGGUGGCCUGUCAUGCUUUUCCAAGAUGGCGGCGCUCGUGGUGAUGGUGAUGCUGUGCGGAGGUGUUGGUGGUGCACGUGGCUACCUGACCCACAGCACCCCAAGCUUCCACACCCUAGGACGUCCCCACGGUUCCACGAUACGGCGUCUGGGACUCGCUAAGGAUCCCUCACGCAUCCCUCAGACUCACCCACUGGUACCGGAUCCGCCACAGGACUCUAUAGGAUACACACAGAAUUCCUCUCCCCCAAGGCUUUUAGAGCUGCAGGACCCCCCUCGCGUCCUUGGCCUUGCGGAGGAUCUGUACUUUACCACGGAACCACAGCGUCACCUGUAUUUCACCAAUACUUCAGGAGCCGUGGUGAACUGCGUGGCUGAAGGUGUUCCGCCCCCCACUGUUACCUGGACCCUCGCUGAUGAUCGCCCGCUCGACCAGGUAGUGGGUCCUCUCCUGAAGGUUCUCUCCAACGGCUCCCUCAUCUUCUCACCCUUCCCUGCCGCACAUUACGACGCCAGGGUCCACGCCGCUGUCUACACCUGCCGUGCCUCUAACCCUGCAGGCACGCUUCUCGCCACACCAACCCUCGUCCGUGCAGUGGUGGUGGCGGACUUUGAGGUGCAGGUGUACGAUCGUCUGGUGAUGGCGGGCAAUACAGGUGUGCUGCAUUGUGUGGUACCAAGUUACCUGCGUGAGUUUGUGACGGUCACUUCUUGGCUCAUUGGCGACCACCUACACGUGUACCCUUCCCUGCACGGUGACGGGAAGUACCAUAUGACUGAAUCUGGCGACCUACACGUGCUGAGAGUCGCCCCAGCUGAUGGCCGCUCCAGGUUCCGGUGCCGCGUGCUGCACAAACUGACGGGCGCCUCCCACCUGUCCCAGAGCCCCGCCAGGAUCAUCGUUACAGAGGCUGAGGGGGGAGUGGCGCCGCAGAUGGGGGAACGCGGUGGGCGGCAGGUGGUGGCGGCUGGUCAACAGGUGACUCUGCCGUGCAUCGCUCAAGGUCAUCCACCCCCCAGUACACUACAGGUAAGCCCUAGGGAGAUUCAGGUGGACGCGGGGGGUACGGUGGAGCUGGUGUGCCACGUCUCUGGAUCCCCCGUGGAGGAGGUGCGCUGGGUGAAGGACGGCAGGAAGGUGAGGUCAAACGGUCGGGUCACGGUGCGCCCCAAGGAGGUUCUGCGUGUCUCCAGCCUGCAGCCUUCCGACGCCGGCCUGUACCAGUGCUCCGCCUCCCACGGCUCCCACUACGCCCACGCCCACGCCCGUGUGACUCUGGGAGCGUCGCCGCCGGAGUUGCAGUAUCAGUUCAUCGAGCAGACCCUUCAGCCUGGCCCAGCUGUGUCCCUCAAGUGCAUCGCCACGGGCAGCCCUACGCCACACGUCACCUGGACUUUAGACGGCUUCCCGCUGCCUCACUCACACAGACUCGUGAAGGGGCAGUUCGUGUCGGCCAGCGGGGAGGUGAUAAGCCACGUGAACAUCAGCAGCGUACAGGUGGUGGACGGCGGCUCGUACACCUGUGCCGCGGAGAACAGUGCAGGCAUCGCGGCGCACUCUGCAAGACUCAACGUGUACGGGCCUCCUCAGGUGCGUCCCAUGGGCCAGCUGACCGCGGUGGCUGGCCGGACCUUUACUGUGAGCUGCCCCGCUGCUGGACACCCGAUAUCUGUCAUCAAGUGGACAAAAGACGGGGUGCAGCUGCCACGGAGUCAUCGUCAGCGUGUGUUGGCAAACGGGACGCUGGUACUGCUGCAGGUGACGCUGGGGGCGGAUGACGGCCGCUACGCCUGCACCGCCUCCGCCAGGACAGGCAGAUCUGACACCCAGAGCCUACAGUUGCAAGUCCUGGUGCCUCCUAAGCUCGCGCCCUUCAGCUUCGCGGCCAUGACACGGGAGGGACUGAGGGCGCAGGUGACGUGUAUGGUGCAGGAAGGGGACCAGCCAGUCAGAUUUGCGUGGACUCAGAAUGGGAGGCCGCUGGAUGCACGCCUAGGGGUGAGGACCUCGCAGCUUGACGCCUACACUUCCAUCCUGGUGGUGGAGAGAGCGUCAUCUGCACACUCCGGGAAUUACACGUGCACUGCCACUAAUGCUGCCGACGCCACCUCGUCCACGGCCACCCUUACUGUCAGUGUACCGCCGUCGUGGGUGGUGGAGCCGAGCGGAGGCAGCGUGGCCCUCGGAGGCUCCCUGGCGCUGCCCUGCCUUGCGCGUGGCUUCCCCAGACCCACCACCACCUGGCUCACGCAGACGGCUUCAGGAGAGUUCGUGCGCGUGGGUGAGGGUGGCAAAGUGGGCGCGGGGGGGCUGGAGCAGUGGAGCAACGGUACGCUGUGGGUGGCGAGGGCGUCCAGGAGUCACGAGGGGCGCUACCUGUGCGAGGCGGACAACGGAGUGCUGCCUGUGGUGUCCAAGCUGGUCAAUCUCACGGUUAAUGAGCCGCCUUGGUUUGUGGAGUCAGAGCAGCGUCAGCAGGUAAGGGUGGGCGCCAUUGCCACCCUCACCUGCCACGCCCACGGAGACGACCCCCUUACCCUCACCUGGACGAGGGAUGCCGCCCCCCUCCCCCCAUCCCCAGGGGAGUUAGUGUACCAGGUGUCGGUGCGUGAGGGGACAGCGGCAGAGGACAGCAGUGGCCGGGGUAGCAGCGGCAAGGAGGGAGAGCUACUGAUACAAGAUGCCAGGCUCUCAGACUCCGGUACCUUCACUUGCACUGCCUCCAACACACACGGCACACGAACCUCGCGACUACACCUCCUCGUGCAAGACGUGCCAGCGCCUCCCUCAGCAGUGCGGGUUGGGGAGCGUGGGUCGCGUCACCUGCUUGUUACCUGGACGCCGCCUGAGGAUUCUAAUGCCCCCAUCACUGCUUAUGUCAUCACUGUUAAGCCUCUUCCUGCUGGGUCGAGUGGGGGGCGGGAGGAGCGGGUGCGGGGCCAGGAGGUGCGGGCAGUGGUGGGCGGCCUGACUCCCGCCACCCGCUACACCGUCAGCGUGGCGGCCGUCAACAGCGUGGGGCGUGGGCGUGGCUCUCCGCCCCUCAACGACGCCACGCACGAGGAGGCGCCCUCUGCCCCGCCCCAGAAUGUGAAGGUUGGUGUCACCUGGGACCCACCGCCCCCUAACACCACCCACGGGACACUCCUGGGCUACCAAUUGGGACUCAAGCCACACAGUGACGGAGAGAAUGGCGCCUAUAACUUCACCAGCGUGGGGGGCGUGGGAGGCACCGGCAGCUCGCGGGUGGGAGGGCUGCGUCCCCACAACCGCUACGUGGUGGUGGUGCGCGCCCUCAACUCGAAGGGCCCCGGACCUCUCUCCCCGCCAGCCCACACCGCCACCCUUCAGGACAAGCCCAGCGCGCCCCCCGGCCAGGUGCGGUGUGAGGCCCUGUCAUCUUCAGCCCUCGCCGUCACCUGGGUACCGCCUUCCCCUGACCAUCGCAACGGAGACCUCACCACCUACCGCGUCGCCUUCUGGGUCGCCGCCUCCCCUGACGCGGAAGGAGAGGGCGGCAGCGUGGCGACGGAGGGACUGAGGGCGCGGCUGGAGGGGCUUCUUCCCUUCACCAACUACUCCAUCAGCGUGUCUGCAGCGACGAGGGCAGGACAGGGCGUGGCCUCCCCUGCCCUCACCUGCACCACGCAUCAGGACGUCCCCGAGGCGCCCGCACGUGUGAAGGCAGUGGUGUCAGGCUCGCGGGCGGCCAUUGUGUCUUGGGCGCCACCAGCACGCCCCCACGGCCGUCUCACGCGCUACACGGUGCACUGGGCGGCGGGCAGUGGCGGGGCAGCUCUCAGUCGCCGCGUGGACCCCCAGCUUACCCACCUGGCACUGCGCGACCUGCCCCACGCCGCGCACCAGGUGUGGGUAACAGCCGCCACGCAGAAGGGGGAAGGACCGCCCAGCCCCGUGGUGAUAGUGAAGCCAUCCCACACAGUUCCCGCGGGCGUGUGGGCGGUGGGCGGCAACGUGACUGCAGCGUGGCGGGAGGACAUCAGCCUGGCGUGCGGUGCCGUGGGAGUGCCGGAGCCGAUCCUCUCCUGGACUCACCAAGGCAAGCCCAUCCCGUCCACAAACGCCCACACUAACGGAGGGCCCGUGGUACAGCGUGACGGGACCCUAACCCUGGGAGACUUGGAGCGCAAGGACGGGGGGCGCUACACGUGCACAGCCACUAACACCCACGGAAGCGACACUGUCAUCUACCACCUCACUGUGCUGGCGUCUUCCAUCAAGGUGCAGUGGACUGUGGAGGACGAGGGAGGAGCAGCGGUACUCGGGGCCACCAUACAUUUCAGAGCCGCCGGGGAGACGUGGAAGCAGGCGAGUGUGGGAGGGGAGACGACCGCCUUCACAGCCCGGGACUUGCGCUGCGGCACCCUCUACCAUCUGUACCUCACCGUGCACAACCGUGUGGAGGGUCAACAACAGCGCAGAUAUUAUCAUUUACGCCUCGCCUCUGUGUACUCCACGCAGGCCACACUGUACCUGGGCCAGUGGGGCGACGGCGGCUGCCCUAUUACCCAUUUCAGUCAGCACUACCGCCCCAAGCCUGCCGGACCCUGGACCACUGGUAAGCUACGGGAGAAGAGGGGCUUUGAAAGUCGUGCUCAGGAGAGCGAAGUGGGCACUGGGGUAUGGGAAGGCGUGCCCCCCGCGCCGCCCCCCGCCUGGGAGGACCCCCGAGUGCUGGUGCCGGCGCUGGUGUCCGUGGGCGCCCUCCUCCUGACGCUGGCCACCGUCUGCGUGUGUCUCCGCCGGCGGCCCACGAACCGCCCCCCGCAGAAGGGUGACGGAGCAGUGGCAGCAGGUGGGGCAGGGGAGGAGAAAGCGGCGGCAGCGGGGCGGGGGGAGCAGCUGUACACCGCCUUGCGAAGACCUGCCCCCACCCCACCCAUGCACGACCAUCGCCGCCCCUCUGGUGAGUACCCAGGGGAGGAGCUGUACCAUUACGCUGCUGCAACUUACCAAAUGGACGGAAGUAGCCCCCCACCGCCCCCAGCCCCCCCCUCGCCGCCCAUCCACGCCCACCACCGCCCACCCGCGCAGCAGACACGCCCGCACAAAGCCUUCACCGCUCUCGUGUACCAGCCGCCCUCCCUGCAUGAUGUGGACUCUCCUAAUCUGAACCAGCUGAGUGCAACAGGGACGGUAGUGUUGCAGUGUUCGCCAUUGGCCUGA